GAGGUGAUGGUACACUACGGCACGAUCGCGUCUGGCAAUCAGGUGAUGAAGGAUGCUGCCGAGAGACACAGGGUCAGCGCGGAGCUUGGUGGGGUAUUAUGCUUUGAGAUGGAGGCGGCGGGGCUAAUGAAUAGCUUCCCAUGCCUUGUUAUUCGUGGCAUCUCCGACUACGCCGACUCUUACAGA